AUGGGAAAAGAGAACUUCAUCCGACAAAUCGAGAACUCCGUUGAGUUCAAAUUCCUCGACAAAGUAGUCAAGGAAGAAGUCACAGCGUCAUAUGCAGUCCAAGACCUCAUCAACAUGACCAUGAGUGCAUUGUCUAUUCAUGGUCCAAACAAACAAGGCGGGGUCGGUCUCCCAGACUACAACGUCUCUCUUGCGGUAAUGGAGCUCGCUCAACGCCUGGAUCCAUCAAAACACACCAAGCUUGUCGAGUUUAUAUCUCAUCUCCAGAAGCAAGUUGCCGUUGAUCCAUCUACGAACGAACCCCUGAGGGUCCAGGGCGAUACCCUCUGGACAGACAUGCCGUCGUUCGGCUACACGGAGCUUGAGACGUGGUACGAGUUUGGUGGCGAUUACAAAGACUUAUGUGAUGCAACGCUCGAUUCUAAGCAACGAGAUCGCUGGGCGAAUCUCAACGCUUUCCUCGCGCAGCUCACUCAGACUGCAGACAUUCACUAUACGCCUCCCACGGAAGAAGCGCGGUUCUCUCCCCUGGACAAAUCACUACGUGCCAUAUGGACCAUGGCGAUGGCACUUGAGAACGAGCGCCCUCCUGCGUCGCUGGGAGAUACAGCGGCGAUGGAGGCCGCUUGCCAGUGGUUCAUCUACGCUGCGGAGCGGCUGUGGGCGAAUGUGCUCAAUAGUCGCACGUAUCCUGAGGUGUCUGGCGCUGGGCCAGGGAAGAGGUAUGAAGAGAAGGGCUGGACGGGCUAUACGCGGGAGCGAUGGGGAAUCUGGGAGGAUGCGCUGAAGGAAGCUAGGGUUAAAUGCCAAGAUGAGCGGAUGUGGAAGCUGAUUGAUGAUGCUUUGGCGAGUCUGAGAAGGGGAAUGGUGAAUCAAUAG